AUGACGGAGACCUUCAUAAGGGUGCGGGCGGAGAACGACGUCCUCUUCACUGGGGCGAAGUUCUCCGCCAGCACGGCCUGGAGGACUAUCCUGGAAAAGCUUGACCCGCAGGAGGUGGUCACGCCCCUGCAGGAGGUGGUCACGCCCCUGCAGGAGGUGGUCACGCCCCUGCAGGAGGUGGUCACGCCCUGCAGGAGGUGGAGGGUCACGCCCCUGCAGGAGGUGGUCACGCCCCUGCAGGAGGUGGUCACGCCCCUGCAGGAGGUGGUCACGCCCCUGCAGGAGGUGGUCACGCCCCUGCAGGAGGUGGUCACGCCCCUGCAGGAGGUGGUCACGCCCCUGCAGGCCCGCCAGGGCGUGGAGGGGAACCCCACUGCUGGGACCUGGCCUCGGUUUGGCCUCAUGGAUGAAGUGUCGGGGCAGAAGCCGUCCAUCAACCCUCCUGUCCUAAUCGCCUCCAUCCCUGAUGCCAGACCAGGGCCAAGCCAGGCCAGAGAGCAGGAGCCGGAGCAGGAGGAGGAAGAGCCAGAGUCGGAGCAGCAGAGAGGAACGGGAAGGAAGAGGAAGAGGGAGAGCGAGCUGGUGAAGCUGUACAGGGAGGAUCUGAGGAUGCAGAGGGAGGAGGAUGAGCGGCGGGCACAGGAGAGGAGUGCCAAUUUUGACAGGCUGUUUGGCCUCCUCGAGAAGCUGAUUGAAAAUAAAAACAAAUAA